UUAAUAAUUUAGAAGAUAUUCCAACUGAUGAACUUAUAUCAAAUGUUACACCUAUACAAUCAUUAAUUGAUGAAGCUAUUUUAUUAGCUUUUGUUAUAUGUGGUAUUCCUUUUCGUAUUGUCAACAAUUCUUUUUUUACAAGUGCUUUAAAGCUUCUAAAUCUUGGUUAUAAUAUCCCAUCAUGUGAGGUUCUCUCAGGAUGCUUAUUAGAUUCAGAAUUUGCAAAAGUUAUUCACAAAGUUGAUGGAAUUUUAGAACAUACAAACAAUCUUACUAUCAGUCUUGAUGGCUUUUUUACUGAUUUGCAAUAUCUUUCAGAUGUUUUAUUUCCAAUCAAAGAGGCAAUUUUGGCAGUUGAGGCAAAUUGUUCUACACUUGCUAAUUGUUAUAUUAAUUUAGUAAAAAUUGCUGUGGCAAUUCAAAAUCUUUCUAUUGAUGAAUAUAAAGGAUUUCACAAUGAAUAUGUUAAAAAAUUUAAUAAAUGGUUUGAAGAAUUUAAUGAUCCUAUUUAUCAACUUACAUAUUUUCUUCAUCCAGCAUAUAAAGGUCUUGGAUUAAAGUUUGCAUUAGGAUGGAUUUAUGGAAAGCAUCGAACUAGAUUAAAUAUAGAUCAGUUAGAAGGAUUAGCAAAAAUUUAUCAGUUUAAUUUAUCAAACCCUAUAGAACAACUUCAUCAUACUCAAACUGCAGAAAUAACUUCUGAAAUAAUGACAAAUAUUGCUGAAACUGUUUUUAAAGAGUUUGAAGAAGAAACAUUAAUAGAAGAUGAUGAUAUUGAAAUGCUUAAUCCUGCUGAAAACCUUUAUCCAAAUGAAUAA